GUCAUGUGAUCAGCUGUGUCCAAUCACAGCUAAUCACAUGGGACAUGUGCACUGAUCAUCAGGGCACUGAUGAUCAGUGUGCCCUGAUGAUCAGUGUGGCCCCAGAAGUGCCACCUGUCAGUGUCCAUCAGUGCCAGCAGUCAGUGCUUAUCAGUGACAGUGCCCAUCAGUGCCAUAUCAGUGCAUACCAGUGCACAUCAAUGCCACAUAUCAGUGCCCAUCUGAGCUGCCUUUUGAUGUCACCCAUCAGUGCCAGUCAGUGCCACCUAUCAAUGCCAAUCAGUGCUGCCAAUCAGUGCCGCCUAUCAGUGCCGGUCAGUCGCCUAUCAGUG